AUGCAAUCAUCACCUAACACGAUUGUUUCUGGAAAUUCAUUUCCUGUUUUAUGGCUUUCAAAGUCAUUAUCUGUGGUUGUUGGGAUUAAAGUGGCAUUCUCUGCAGAAAAUGUUAUUCUAUAUCAAUCUAUAAUGUUUUCUUUAAUCGAUUACACAUCACACAUCUUGUUCAGCAUAGGAAAAUAUCAACUUGUUCACGCUUUUUCCAUUGAUAAAGAAGCUGAGAUGCCAUGUGAAGCGAUCUCUAAUCAUUUGAUUAGCCAUGAAGAAAAUCAUUUGCUUUCAUCUUCUCAGGACUCUCCCAAGCUUCUGGCAUUGAAAUGUUUAACCUUUAUGGCUCAGAAUGUGAAAGAGCAUAUACAGACCUGGCUUGUUUCCAUUCACAAUACCCCUGGUAAUGUCAAUGUGGGAUUUGGUCUUACUUAUGAAAACAUCAUUAAAUUGUCCUCCUCAAUUUGUUGCUUUGGUAGAGUUUUGUGGGGCCUCACAUCUUCCACUAGUGAAACAGAUGCUAACGAUAGGGAAGAAAAAGAAAUGUUGAUGUGGAAAAGUGAGCAUACCUCUGAACUAAAUAGUUGUAUAGCUUCUCUCGCACAACUUUCUGAUGUUUUUGUAAACAAAUUUCUUGUUGAGAGUAAUCAACUUUCCGAAAGUUCACACAAUACACAGUGUUCUGAAGAGCCAGCCAUCAAGUUAUCUUUGUCAAGUACCGAUAAUUUGUCACCUAUAUUCUCAUUUAAGGAUAAUAGCUCUGCUGGUACACAAAAUGAAUGUAAAGCUGCAGCUACUUGCUUUACUUUAUCAGCAGUUGAUAAUGUCUCCAAAAGUGUUGAUGAUCUUGGAAGAGCUUUGAUUGCAAAAGGUGAAGACUCUAUUGCCAGGGUUUUGGCCCAGAUGGAUUCCUUUGAGCCACAGGGUCUGAAUAAACCUUUGUUGCGAAGUUUGGUAAAAGGUGAUCACCCUGAAAUAGCUUUUUUGCUAAGACACCUGCUAAUUGCAUUUUCAUCUCUUUUGAGGUUAAAUUUGCAGAAGAAUGAUUGUGUCUUACAUUCUAGUUUCAUACCUUCUUUCAUCAAAAUUUCACAAAUCCUAUUUUUAGAAUUUGCUGAGUUGGUUGUGGUCCCACAACAGUCUGCUUUGCUUUUGUUAGACGGUGCUCACAGCUAUUUGAGAGAAUUAGCGGGUUAUUUUUCUUUCACUGAUCCUGCCUCCUCUAGAAAAGUUUACGCAGAAUUGAUACAGAUUCACAUGAGGGCAAUAGGAAAGACCAUUUUUUUGCAACGAAAAAGGGAAGCACUAAACUUUCAGGGAAGACAAUCAAGUAACAAGCAACUUCAUAAUGGAUCAGUUGAAGCUUAUUCUUGUACUGAAUUGCACUGCUUUGCCUUGGAUGAAUUUAAAACCAGGCUGAGGAAGUCAUUCAAAGCAUAUAUAGAGAGGCCAUCUCAGUUGCAUCUUUUGUCUACUGUACAGGUCAUUGAGAGAUCUCUAGUUGGUGUUCAAGAAGGAUGUACUGUGAUUUAUGAUUUAAAAACAAGUAAAGAUGGGGGGGAAAUUUUAUCAGUUGUGGCAGGUGGCAUUGAUUGCUUUCGGAUGAUUCUUGAAUUUGUUUCAGGUCGGAAAAGCUUGAAGAUGAUUAAAAAACACAGUCAGGGUUUAGUAUCUGCUGUUUUCAACAUUGUUGUGCAUUUACAGAGCCUGCGUACAUUUUAUGAUAACUUGGCAUCUGGAACAGUUGCCAAUACUCCUGAUCCAGGGUCAGCCAUUCUCAUGGGUGUUGAAGUACUGGUUAUAGUUUCAAGAAAACAUUCUCAAUUCCCAAUGGAUGUAUGGCAUGUGGGUUACAUGUUACAUAUCCCUGCAGUACUAUUUGAGAAGUUCGGUGAGCUUAGAGUUACUAAAGCUUCUGGUCCAUCAGAAGCAUUGAUAAUUUCGGAAGAGCAUAUUUGUGAUCCAGUAAAGAGAGUGGAUUUGUGUCACGUUGAUCAGCAGUUCUUACUUAACCUUUUCAUUGUGUGUUGUCAACUAUUGUGUACCAUCAUUAUGCAUCGUCCAAGUGAAUGCAAACAGUGUGUUGCCCAUCUUGAAGCUUCUGUUGCUGUUCUUCUCAAUUGCUUGGAGACAGAUUUAGAUGAUGAAUCAAGAAUGAAUAAAGGUUCCUUUUCUUCAAAAGAGGAACUGAAAUGUGCUUGUUUUCUUCGAAGAAUUUAUGAAGAGAUAGAACAGAAAAAAGAUAUCUUUAGUCGUCAAUGUUCUCUUUUUUUAUCCAGUUACAUUUGGGUUUAUUCUGGAUAUGGUCCCAAGAGAAGUGGCAUCAGAAGGGAAGUAGAAGAAGCUCUAAGACCGGGUGUCUAUGCUUUAAUUGAUGCUUGUUCAGUUGAUGAUCUUCAAUAUCUUCAUACUGUUUUUGGAGAGGGACCUUGUAGAAAUACCUUGGCAAGUCUUCUGCAUGAUCGCAAACUCACCAAAUUUGAGGGAAAAGUUUGA